UUACGCAACGUAUUUCUGUUUGAUUUCCGGAAAGCGUCACACCGGAAGUCCUCCGUGUUUGCAGUUAGCAUUUGUAGACACAAACGGCGGACGUGCAGUUUGUUGUAUAGAAACUCAAGUGUCCAGUUUUGAGUUUUUGGAGCAGUUUUCCUGGCGGGGGACUCUGUGAUGGACAAACUUCGUCGUGUUUUAAGCGGCCGGGAAGACAAUGAAGAGUUGGGGCUCACAGCGCAGGUCCUUGAUGCCAGCUCUCUCAGCUACAGCACCAGGAUAAAGUGGUUUGUCAUAUGCUUUGCUGGAGGCAUCCUGUGUUCAAUUCUCGGCACGGCACUGCUGUUUGUUCCUGGUGGGGUCAAGCUUUUUGCUGUUUUCUACACACUAGGAAACGUUGCAGCUUUGUCCAGCACAUGUUUCUUGAUGGGGCCAUUAAAGCAGCUGAAGCGCAUGUUUGAGCCAACGAGAUUGAUAGCCACCAUCGUUAUGCUGCUCUGCCUCGUCUUAACACUUUGUGCAGCAUUUUGGUGGAAAAAAAAUGGAUUAGCUAUCAUCUUCUGUAUUCUGCAGUUUUUGGCGAUGGCUUGGUAUAGCAUCUCCUACAUUCCAUUUGCCAGGGACGCAAUGAUCAAGUGCUUCACAACCUGCCUGAAUUAAAGCUCGAGUUUUCCUUGAAGACUCGUCCCGAUGUGCAAACUACAACAUUUGUCUGAACAGAGACUUUGUAAAAUGAACAUUUUUGACUCUGCAUCAUUCUUUCACAUUUUUGACUCUGCCUGCGUCGUACUGCAAAUUCUCACUCGUCACUUUCAGCUAAAACUAUUCGCCUGUAAGCAGCUUCUAGCACCCUGCGAGAAUAGAGAGCGUCCGUCUUUGAUUCCUAAUAUAUUUAAGAAAUGUCUAUGUAUUCUAAAGAUUUUAUACAAUUCAUGUGC